CAACAUUUGAGUCUUUGACAAGAGAAAAACAGGGAGAAAUGGGAAGCAUCGAUGCCGCAGUAUUGGGUUCAGAGAAGAAAUCAAACCCGGGAAAAGCGACAAUUCUUGCUCUCGGAAAAGCCUUUCCUCACCAGCUAGUAAUGCAAGAGUACUUAGUCGAUGGCUACUUCAAAACCACCAAGUGUGAUGACCCUGAACUCAAACAGAAGCUUACUCGUCUCUGCAAGACAACAACGGUGAAGACAAGGUAUGUUGUGAUGUCGGAGGAGAUUCUCAAGAAGUAUCCAGAACUUGCCAUUGAAGGAGGAUCCACAGUGACGCAGCGUCUAGACAUCUGCAACGAUGCAGUGACCGAGAUGGCAGUAGAAGCCUCCAGAGCCUGCAUCAAGAACUGGGGGCGUUCUAUUUCGGAAAUAACUCACCUUGUCUAUGUCUCCUCAAGCGAAGCUCGUCUUCCGGGUGGGGACUUGUACUUAGCCAAGGGGCUUGGACUCAGUCCUGACACACACCGUGUUCUGCUCUACUUCGUCGGCUGUUCUGGUGGAGUUGCAGGUCUUCGUGUAGCCAAAGACAUAGCCGAGAAUAAUCCUGGCAGUAGAGUUUUGCUUGCCACAUCUGAGACAACCAUCAUUGGGUUCAAACCCCCAAGUGUGGAUAGACCGUAUGAUCUUGUUGGGGUGGCGUUGUUUGGUGAUGGAGCCGGAGCUAUGAUCAUCGGAUCUGAUCCAGACCCGGUCUGCGAGAAGCCUCUCUUUGAGCUUCACACUGCAAUACAGAAUUUUUUACCUGACACAGAGAAGACGAUAGAUGGAAGGCUAACAGAACAAGGGAUAAACUUCAAGCUAGCGAGAGAGCUUCCACAGAUAAUAGAAGACAACGUGGAGAACUUCUGCAAGAAGCUAAUAGGAAAAGCGGGACUGGCUCAUAAGAACUAUAACCAGAUGUUCUGGGCGGUUCAUCCAGGUGGACCAGCCAUCUUGAAUCGGAUGGAAAAACGGCUUAACCUGUCGCCUGAGAAGCUGAGUCCAAGCAGAAGAGCUCUCAUGGACUAUGGCAAUGCGAGCAGCAAUUCAAUUGUUUAUGUGUUGGAGUAUAUGUUGGAGGAGAGCAAGAAAGUGAGGAACAUGAAAGAAGAAGAAAACGAGUGGGGUCUGAUUCUGGCUUUUGGACCUGGUGUUACAUUUGAAGGCAUCAUCGCUAGAAACCUUGAUGUCUGAACAAUAAAGUGAUAGGUUUACC